AUGUCAAGCAGCAGCAGCAGCAGGUUCUGCAGCUUCGACGACCCUGGUGAGUUCACGGUCGUGCUCAACUCCCGCCAGCAAGGCGCGAAGGAGUUUCCCCUUGAACCCCAUGACCUGAUUCUCAGGAUGGAAGUACACUUUACUUCAAAGGAUUGCACACAUAUGAAGCGGUUAUUGAUGAAGUCAUGGAAAAGGGACUUGCCAAUGCUACACAGUCAUGAAAUCUUUGUCUGUUUCACUCUUCUUCCAUACAUGAUAUACAAGGUUCUUGGGAUGCUCAGUACUGUUGCUAGGAGUGCUGAAGCACAAAAUACAAGGGGGUGCAUGAGGAGGCGAGAGCUGACGGCAACCAUUGGAGGAGGUCUGGUCGGUCGAAGAGAAAUAGCUGAGCUCCCAGCCUCCUUAGACUGGCAUGGGCACAUCAAUAAGGGCAUGGAGCCCAUCAAAGAGGAGGUGUUCUUUGACCUCGAGAAUGGCAACCAGGAGCUCAAGAGCGACGUCAAGGACCUCUACAUCAACCUCGGGCAAGCAUGGAAGAGAGGAGGGAGAGCCGAGGAGCGUGGUGGCCUCUGGCUGUUGCCCGGGAAAAGGUAA